UCAGCAGAACCAGUCACUACUUCCCUUGCGCUGUGGAUUCAUGUGCGUUAUUGUUUAUCUUUGAAUGCAAAAGUGUUUAUUGCAAACGGGGAUUGCAAUUAUUUCCUGAUAUUACUGUACUGGCUUCUCAGUAAACCGACUCUGAACACCCAUGCCCGCCUCAGAUUGUUGCCGUCGUCUCUGCAGAUGAUGACCAGCUCUGUCUUUAAAGAAGAGGACAAGACAUCCCCCACAGGGUUCCAGCCUAGAGCUACAAGACCCUAGAAUGAUGACCAGCUCUGUCUUUAAAGGAGAGGACAAGACAUCCCCCACAGGGUUCCAGUCUAGAGCUACACGACCCUAGAAUGAUGACCAGCUCUGUCUUUAAAGGAGAGGACAAGACAUCCCCCACAGGGUUCCAGCCUAGAGCUACAAGACCCUGGAAUGAUGACCAGCUCUGUCUUUAAAGGAGAGGACAAGACAUCCCCCACAUGGUUCCAGCCUAGAGCUACAAGACUCUGAGACAUUAGUUUAACAGAACCAGUUUCUCUGCCCAGAUUGAGACGAGGGGUAAUGUUCCCCUGCUCAGACGUUGCAGUCAUCAACCAAUGAUUGCCUGCCACGCCAUCAUCGACUGACAGAUUGCUAUAACAUGAUUUGGUUAGUUGAUACAAUGCCUGGAUAGGUAUUUUAAGUAAGAUCUGUCAGGCAUCAGCACCUUUUGAGCAGAGAAACUCGCCUUACAUCACCUCAAAAUGGAGGUAGAUAAACUAAUUUCUUUACCUAUCGUGAGACUCCACAAACUAACAAAGGAUCAACUGUCUCUCGCUGCUCAGAAGAACAAUAAGAAACCAGGCAGAAAACCAACGAAGAAGAAAAACUUCACCACCACCAGGGGAAAGAAACAAUCCACAGGAAAAGGAAACGACUCUGCUGAGGUGAAACAAGAGAUGGACGAGCUGCCUAUCGGGACAAGAAUUGAACACUGGUUGAACGCUGUGAAGCCAGAGAGCUACGACCCAGAGAUGGGUAACACCAAGGGACCUCCUACAGAGAGCGACCCCAAGACAGAUGCACAUCACCUGGGUAUCAAGACAGAGGAUGCCAUCCUGUACUUCCAAGAUGGAAGGAGACGCCUGCGGUCGGCUACCAGCCAGCCGUUCAAUCUGACUGCAUUCCGGUCCGACCCAGAAUGGCGGCCUCGCAGCCAGAAGGUCCGCCGGUUCCCGUGUCCAGAUUGUGGACGGAAGUUCUUCUCCAAAACCACGCUGGAGUUCCACUCCCGGAUUCACACACAGUACCGUCCGUACUCCUGCGAGGUGUGCCAUAAGACGUUCUCCCGGAAAGCCGGCUUGGACGAGCACCGACCAAUCCACGAUGCGGAACGUCCUUUCGCCUGCCACCAAUGUGGCAGGACCUUCACAUUCAAAUCUAACCUGACACUGCACAUGCGGUUCCACAGUGAUGCGCAGCCCUACAUCUGCCCCUAGUGCGGCCAAGGCUUCAAGAUCUCCGCCCACCUGAAGCGCCACAUGACGGCCCACAGUGGGUGUAAACUGUACGUGUGCCCGGAGUGCAGCCAGAGUUACAUGAGUCUGAAGUAUCACCGACUGAGCCACACCGGCGAGCGCCCGCUGUCCUGCCCAGAGUGUCCCAUGACCUUUGCCCGACCGCACAUCCUUAUGGUCCACCGGCUGAAACACACCGGGGAGACGCCGUUCUCUUGCCGGGACUGUGGGAAGCAGUUCAAACAGGGGUGCAAGCUGAAAGAACACGUUAGAAGAAAACACACCGGGGAGAAACCUUACAAAUGCUCCGAUUGCGACAAGUGCUUUGUCACUUCGGCGUCCCGUAAUGCACACAUGGUUGUCCACACGGGAGAGAAGCCGUACAAAUGCAUGGAGUGUGGUAUUAGCUACAGUCAGAGUGGGUAUCUAACGCAGCACAUGAGGAGACACACAGGGGAGAAACCGUACAAAUGCUCUGAGUGCGACAAGUGCUUUGUCAAUUCUACGUUGCGUAAAGUGCACAUGGUUGUCCACACAGGAGAGAAGCCGUACAAAUGCAUGGAGUGCUGUAAGAGCUACAGUCAGAGUGGGUCCCUGAAGAGGCACAGGUGUAAGAAGAAACCCAGGUGAGAGGAACCUCUGGAGUACAUCCCAAAUGCCACCCUAUUCCCUAUAAAGUACACUAAGGCACACAGGGCUCUGGUCAAAAGUAGUGCACUAUAUGGAAUAGGAUGCCAUUUGGGACACCGUCCCGGUGUUCUCAGUGUCGGAACUGGAGAGUCGAUCCUUAAAAUGUAGCACAGGUGAAAAGAACCAGGUUAUAGGAUUCUCCGGUGUUCUGAGUAGGGAAGCUGGACUUUGUUUAUACAGGACUUAAAAAGGAUGUACCAAUCUGUGAUUGGUACAUCCAUUUUUGGACUUUUUGGACAUGUAGCCAUUUAUUCUUGAAAAAUAUCACCUAUAACUGCCUCAUGAACUUACUGCAGUUAAACUGUCUUACCCCAGUAGAACUCAAAAUAUAAGAUCACCUGACUAGGGAAAUCUAUAGGCCUAUUCACUCUUCUAUCAAUUAUUGAACCCUCAAUGAACUCAACCACUUUCACUGUGAUGAAAUCAACCACUUUCACUGUGAUGCAGUUUAACUUACCUGAUGUGUAUUGUACAUGUUCAAGGAAGGUUUCCCAGACACAGAUUAAGCCAAAUCCUGGUCUAAAAAGCAAGAGAUUCUCCAUUGAAAUAGGGUUUUAUCCUAGGACUAGGCCCUCCUUGUAAAAUAAAGAAGUUGUAUUGAAACGGCCCAAAUGGUUAACUGAUGAAUUGAACGGAUCAAUGAACGGACUUGUUUUACUGUAUUGUGUGUAUGUGUCUCCAUAGUGGCAGCGUUGAGGCUGCUUCUGAUUGGUAACACUGGGCAGGGUCAGAGUUCAGCAGGAAACACCAUCAUUGGCAGAGAGGCCUUCUGAGUGGACUUCUCUAUGGUUGGCAUGACCACAGAUUGUGAGAGUUGGACCGGGCCAGCUGCUGCUACCGCUAGAGGGUCAACCGGACGGGCCUCCCGCUGCUCCCGCCACGUCGUCCACACCCCGGGCCUUUCCGCCGCCACAGGAUCCCCACACGUUCCUGCUGGUGAUCAGUGGGUGAGGUUCACAGAGGAGGAGAGGAACGCCGUCGUGAGGUGGAUCCAGGAGAACUUUGGAGAAGAGUCUUUAAUGUACACCAUGGUGCUGUUCACUGGGGGAGACCAGCUAGAGGGGAAACCAGUGGAGGACCUACUGAAGGACAACAGUCAACUGCUACAACUAAUCAGUACCUGCAGGGACAGAUAUCAUGUCUUCAACAACAAGGAGAAAGGUGACCACACUCAGGUCACUGAGCUGCUGGAGAAGAUAGAGGAGAUGGUGAAGAGCAAUGGUGGAAACCACUUCAAUGUCAACACACACCCAGUAAGGGAGAAAGAAGGGUCUGGUGUGGUGGUCACCAUGGUGACGUUAGUGGCAGUUGGCGCUGUGUUCAAAUUGAUGGUUGGUGACUUAUGGAGCAAAAUACAAGAUGGUGGGAACUUGGAAAGAAACGAAAGUGAAAAUGAAAAGUUGACUCCUGAAAAAUGUGAAAAUCAAUGUAUUAUGACUACAUUGAAUUACAGAGCUUUGAUCUAAGUUUUGGUUAGACUCAUUGUUGACUUUUAUUUACUCCCAUUUUAUGUGAGUGUGAAUGAUGGUCAUAUGUCAUUAAGGAGAGACAUAAUUGUCAAAACAGACUGUAUCUGUAUCAUACAUUGUUGUCCAACACAUUUGUAUGCUGAAGUCAAAUUCUGUAACAAGUCAUGAAAUAAAUAGAGAUUUUUUUAA